AUGAAACCAGGUCAGCCGCUGCCGCCGCCCGCUUUGCCCAGCGCCGGGCUGGCGGAGGCCGUCCUUACCUGGCCGCUGCACUCCAGGUGGCCGUCCCGCACCGGUCGUCCGCGAUCCCCCGGUGCGCGGGAGGCGCCCGGUCCACCGUGCGCUGGUCGCCUCCCGCUCAGCGUUCAGGACGAGAGUGUCCUCGGACUGCGCGCCCAAGCCCGGAGCCGCCCUUCAGUUCAUCACUCGUCUUUCCAGAAGCGCCCCCGCCGCCCCGGCGAACUGACGAGGAGCGUGGGGAUUCGAGAUGGCACUGACUUGCCCCGCGGUGUGCGCUCCCGGGUCCGAGAGCGCUCUGCCCGCGGGCAGCUGCGGCCGCGCGUCACAUGCCGCCUCCGGGCAGCGGCCGCGGCACCUGCCCAAGCGGCGGCGCUCCCGGCCCCGCACGACCGCCGGGCGCCGGGGGCUCCCUGCGCGCUCUAG